GGAAUUAAUCCAGCCAACAUUGCAUUCAACACACUGACAAUGGAAUCUGAUGAAUUUAUAUGCAUUCAAGAGAAAGUUGGUGAGCAGGCUCAAGAAAUGAUUGUUGACAUGACUGAUCCAGCUGCCCUGAUCAGACAGCCUAUCUCUGCAGAAAGUGCCAUUGUGAAUCUGGCAUCGAAGGUGAUAGCUCUGACAGCUGGGAAGACCCUUCGAAUUUUUAAUAUUGAGGUGAAGAGUAAAAUGAAGGCUCAUAUUAUGGUAGAAGAGGUGAUUUUCUGAAAACAGAUCUCUUUCAACGCUCUUGCUGUGGUGACUGAGACCACAGUCUACCUGAACAUGGAAGAUGACUCCCAGCCCAUGAAGAUGUUUGAUCAACAUGCCAGUCUGGUGGGGUGCCUGAUGAUCCACUACCAGACAGACAAGUACCAGAAGUGGCUGCUCCUUGUUGGCAUCUCGGCUCAGCAAAAGCAUGUGGUUGGGGUAAUACAACUCUACUCAGUAGAUAGGAAGGUUUCACCAAUAGAAGGCCAUGCUGCAGCAUUUGUGGAAUUUAUGGCCGAGGGGAAUAUCAAGCCUUCCACCCUUUUCUGCUUUGCUGUAUGCAGUCCUACAGAAAGCAAGUUGCACAUCAUUGAAGUGGGAUAGCCUGCAGUAAGAAACCAACCUUUGUCAAGAAAGCUGAGUGUGUUUUUCCCUCCAGAGGCACAGAUUGAUUUCCCAGUGGCAAAGCAGGAACCCUUUCAAUGGGAAAAUAAAGCACUGUUUGUCUUGGGUGAAAAUGUGACUUGUCGUCUGUUUCAGAUUGUAGAUGUUUUCAUGGAAAACAGUUUAAUUCAGCAAUGUACAUCCUUCUUGUUGGAUGCCUUGAAGAAUAAUCACCCAGCUGAGGGUCACCUCCAGACUCGACUGUUGGAGAUGAACCUGAUUCAUGCACCCAAGGUUGCAGAUGCCAUCCUUGGAAAUCAAAUGUUCACACAUUAUGAUUGGACCCACAUUGCCCAGCUCUAUGAAAAGGCAGGCCUCCUACAGAGAGCACUAGAGCACUACAUCGAUCUCUGUGACAUCAAGAGGGUUGUGGUCCACACUCACCUCCUAAGUCCUGAGUGGCUUAGAGAUUUCUUUGGCUCCUUGUCAGUGGAGGAUUCCAUGGAGUGUCUGCGUGCUAUGCUGUCUGUGAAUGUCAGACAGAACCUCAAGCUGUGUGUGCGGGUGGUAUCCAAGUACUAUGAGCAGUCGCGUACACAAUCCUUGGUGGAGCUCUUUGAGUCCUUCAAGAGUUGGGAAGGCCUCUUCUACUUCCCGGGCUCCAUUGUGAACUUUAGCCAACAUGCAGAUGUGCACUUCAAGUACAUUCAGGCUGCCUGUAACACAGGUCAGAUUAAGGAGGUGGAAAGAAUAUGCUGAGAAGGUAACUGCUACAGGCCAGAACGUGUGAAGAACUUCCUGAAGAACGCCAAACUCACAGACCAGCUUCCUGUUAUCAUUGUGUAUGAUCAGUUCAGCUUUGUCCACAACCUUGUCCUUUACUUAUACUGCACCAACCUGCAGAAGUACAUUGAGAUUUACGUUCAGAAGGUCAACCCUAGCUGGAUACCAGCUGUGGUUGGAGGGCUGUUGGAUGUGGAUUGUUCUGAGGAAAUCAUUAAAAAUCUAAUUAUGGUAGUUAGAGGACAGUUUUCUACUGAUGAGCUAGUGGCCGAAGUAGAAAAAAGAAACAGGCUAAAAUUGUUACUGCCAUGGUUGGAGUCCUGGAUUCAUGAAGGCUUUGACGAGCCUGCAACUCACAAUGCACUGGCAAAAAUCUACAUCGACAGCAACAACAGCCCAGAGUGAUUCUUGAGAGAGAAUGCCUUCUACAACAGCAGCAUGGUGCACUGGUACUGUGAGAAGCGGGAUGCACAUCUGGUCUGUGUUGCCUACAAGUGGGGACAGUGUGACCAUGAGCUUAUCCAGGUUUGCAAUGAGAAUUCUGUGUUCAAAAGUGAGGCCUGUUACCUGGUGCGCAGGAAGGAUGCGGAGCUCUGGGAUCGUGUGCUUGAGGAGACCAACCUGUGCAGGAGACAGACAGCUCAUUGACUAGGUGAGGUGGUACAGACAGCAUUGUCAGAAACACAGGAUCCCAGAGAAAUCUCAGUCACUGUUAAGGCCUUUAUGACAGCCAAUCUGCCUAAUGAGCUGACUGAGCUGCUGGAGAAGAUUGUUCUGGAUAACUCUAUCUUCAGUGAGCACAGGAAUCUCCAGAACCUGCUGAUCCUGGCUGCCAUGAAGUCAGACCACACACGAGUCAUGGACUACAUCAACCACCUGGACAAUUACGAUGCCCCAGACAUCGUGAGCAUUGCCAUCGGCAGUGCCCUAUAUGAGGAGGCCUUCAUCAUCUUCUCCAAGUUUGACGUGAACGCCUCAGCAGUCCAGGUCCUCAUCAAGCACGUUGGAAACCUAGACAGAGCAUAUGACUCUGCAGAGAGGUAUAAUGAGCCUGAUGUGUGGAGUCAGCUAGCCCAAACCCAGCUCCAGAAAGACUUGGUGAAGGAAGCCAUCAACUCUUGUGUCAGAGCUGACGACCCUUCCUCUUACCUGGAAGUUGUCCAGGCAGCUAACAAGAGCAACAAUUGGGAAGAUCUAGUUAAAUUCCUACAGAUGGCCAGGAAAACUGGCCAAGAAUCCUCUGUAGAUACUGAACUUAUGUUUGCCCUGGCUCAAACCAGCCAUCUCUCUGAGCUGGAAGAUUGCAUUAAUGGACCCAUCAAUGCCCACAUCCAGCGGGUGGGAGACCGCUGUUACGAGGAGGGAAUGUGCAACGGUGCCAAGCUGCUGUAUAGCAGUGUUUCUAACUGCCUGGCUUCCACCUUGGUCCACCUGGGUGAGUGUCAGGCAGCAGUGGACAGCAGCCGCAAGACCAACAGCACACAGAUGUGGAAGGAGGUGUGCUUUGCCUGCAUGGAUGGGCAGGAGUUCCACCUUGCACAACUGUGUGGUCUUCACAUAGUCAUCCAUGCAGAUGAGCUGGAGGAACUGAUCCACUAUUACCACGACCGGGGCUACUUUGAGGAGCAUCUACUGCUGGAGGCAGCCCUGGGCCUGGAGAGGACCUAUGUGGGCAUGUUCACAGAGCUGGCCAUCCUCUACUGCAAAUUGAAGCCACAGAAGAUGCCAGAGCACCUGGAGCUCUUCUGGUCCCACGUCAACAUCCCCAAUGUACUGAGAGGCACAGAGCGGGCGCAUCUCUGGGCUAAGCUGAUGUUCUUGUAUGAUAAGUGUGAGGAAUAUGACAAUGCUGUCCUCACCAUGAUGAGCCACCCCACAGAGGCCUAGAAAGAAGGCCAGUUUGAGGACAUCAUUGCCAAGGUCACCUCAACCCAACAUUGCUGGAGGUACCUGAGGUGGUAUCUGGACUGGCUGCCAGAAUCGCUCAGGUCUGGCCUAUGCAGGCUGGGCCCCAGCUGUGUGUGUGCUUGGCAGGACACCAUGCAGCAUGCUGCAGAGUGCCAGGACGCCGAGCUAGCCAAGAAGCUGCUGCAGUGGUCCCUGGAAGAGAGCCAGUGGGAGUGCUUCACGGCCAUGUUCUUCACCUCCUACGACCUGCUUCACCCAGAUGUGGUGCUGCAGCUGGCCUGGAGGCACAGCCUCAUGGAUUGUGCCAUGCCCUACUUCAUCCAGCUGAUGAGGGAGUGUCUUAACAAAGUGGACAAACUAGAGGUCUCAGAGAGUCUACAUCUGCAGGAGCAGCAUGUGGUGGAGUCCACUGCUCUUGUGUUGGCAGCUAAUGCUGUGAGCCAGCUGCAGACCCCGCCCCUGCUGGCUUCGCCUGUGGGCGGGCCGCUGCUCCAGCCUUCCUUCGCCCACCUUCCCCUGUUCAGCUUCAAUGCAUAG